AUGCGGUGGGCCGGAUUAUUCUGCUGGUGCGGCGCAGCAUCGGCUGUCGCGCAAUCGACCGACGGGAUGUACAGCCUCGUCAAGCGACGACUACCAGAACAUGUCGACCAGUUCCGUUUCUCCAUUAGCUCCAACCUCACAGACAACGGUGGAUAUGAUCAGUUUACUGUGAAAACUGCGCAUAAUGGGACGGUUCUUGUGGAAGGAAGCUCGAUCAGCGCACUAUCAUCGGGGUAA